UGUACAGAAGAAAUCCAUCAAUUCAGUAACUAUGAAUAAUGAUGUUAAAUAUGUUAUUCCCCAAAGCUUUACACAAUCGUCAUCAUACACAUUUAUCAGCAAACGUGUACAGGAACGAGUACGAAGCUACUUCAGGUAAUAACAUAUCAUUCUCCAAAAUUAUAUUGCGAAACAGUUAAACUUUUCUGACGUGUCCCUUAUUAUGAUCCAUAACAGAAGACUUUUCCGGAGUGUGUGAAUGUCAGAGUUUAUUUACAGGUCAUCGCGGAGUCAUCACGAUUACCUUCUGUGCUGACCUGCACUUUCAUGAGUCCUAGCGUGGAGACUUCUUAUCUCAACAAUUGAACAAUAAUCGCAAGAUAUUAACUGUAGUCUGGGUUUUUGAAGAUGGAGACGGAAUAUGCCACAUACCGAGAAACAGUUGACCUACACUCUGAUGAUGACGAUUUUGAUCGAGUUUCAUUGCUUGAAGAUGAAACACAACUUGAAGAUGAAACACAACUUGAAGAUGAAACACAACUUGAAAAUGAUGAUCUCAGUAACUCUGAUGAAGAGGAGGAUUAUCAGGAACUUCUCACUAGGUCAGAGGCGAAAUCAGAAAAGAGGGGCAGACCGGUGGGUUACCGAAAACAUGAGCGGCAAGAACGGGAGACCAAAAAGGUGAAGAAAGACCUGCUGCCACUGGAGGUUUUACAGGCUUACUUGUGUUGUAGCCUAAUGUGUUUGGCAGCAAUGCCAAUUGAAGUGAUGCGCACGGCAAGAGACAGUGUUCAACAGCUGUCCUUGUUAGAGCGCUCACAGUGGAUACUCAAUUGGAUUUCUACUCACACACAGAAACCUGAAAACAAGACAGUCUUCAUAAUUGAAGGCGUGAAAGUGUGCAAAAGUGCUUGGUUGAAGUGUCUGGGGAUUCCACUUAGUACUUACUACGCCUUGUGGACAAAAUUUACAGAUGGCACCAAAUAUUUGGUGGGACCUGGCAAGGUGCUUGGAGCAAAGACUGUGGAAACACAGUAUGCAUUGUCUUGGCUGAGCAGCUUUGCCAGUCGUUAUGCUGACAAGAUGCCAGAUUCUAACAAACUUCAUCUUCCCUGCUGCUUAAAAAAAAAAGAUGUGUACAACAUGAUGUGUGUGGAAGCAGAGGUGUAUGGCGAACAUCCGAUCAGCCAUACACACUUCAUGCGGGUGUGGGCCAGGUACAUGCCACACAUCAUCAUUCCUAAGAGAUCCAGAUUUUCAGCAUGUGAUGUGUGCACAAAAAUAAAGACUGAAAUUGAAAAGGCAACAUGCAGGGAGGAAAAGAAAAAACUAUUCAAAUUGAGAGAAUUACAUUUACAACAGCAGAACCAGGAACGCCAGAAGUACUAUAAGCAUGCGCAAAAGGCAAAGUUUAGCCCUGCCAGAUACCUGUCUAUCAUUCUGGAUGGGAUGGACCAGGAGAAGACAAGCCUUCCACAUUACCUGAAGGAAGCAAAGGGGACUGUCUAA